AUGCUGCUCGCUUGACCUUGUCAGUACUGUAUAGCUACAGCUAAUACAUUGUACGAACCAUGUGUAUGUUCCUCACCAACAAAAUCAACAAAUUCUAUUACUUAUAUGAAUCUGACUUCCAUAUACGCACGUCUGACCAAUUAGUAAGAUCUUUUAGCUAUAGAAGGACACAACAUAUAGGAGAAUAAUGCCCAAGGGAAAAAGAAAAACAGGUCGAAGAGGGGCUGGAUCACGUCCCUCAAGCGAUGAUGAAAUUGACACACCUGAUAACCAAAGCGUUGUCAGUUCUAUAUCAGAUGAUGGUUACUUCCAUCCCAUUGCUGAAGAAGGACACGAUGCUGAUGGAGAGGUGGAUGAGUCAACAGUACAGCAGAAUUUUGAGGACAACUUGAGAGAAUGUAUUGACGGACUCAUGGAAAAAAGUCAACAAACGCGUAUCAACUGUUUAAACAACCUUAUCAAAGCUCUUUCCACCAAAUACAUUUGUGACUUUCUCUUGAAUGUCAAAUUCACAAUUGUAGAGAGUCUGUUACGUCUCUUGAAGAAGGGCAAAUGUGAGGAACAGGUACUGGCUGCCCAUUGUGUGGGUCAACUUUUUGUCCAGCUUGGAGAAGACAGCAAAGACUUGUUUGAAGAUGUGCGAGAGACGUUGAUGCACCUGCUAAAUGACCAUGCCAGCUCUGUAAAAGCUCGUCAAAAGUGUGCCGAUACCUUAUCCAUAUGUAGCUUUGUCGCUUGCCGUGAUGUGUUGAUGAUGCGUAAAAUAAUGGGUUCACUGGAACAAGUAUUCAAAGAAUCUUACCUGAAGAACCAGAAGGCCAACACCAACCAAAAUGAUCCUUUCUCUAGUCUCUAUUCUAGUGCUUUGUCAGCUUGGACUUUACUACUAUCAAUUGCACCCAACAGCUACAUAGCAGAAAUGGUUGACAGCCAUUUGGGUAAUAUAAUAAGUAUGUUAGAGAGUCCAGAUGUGGAACUAAGAAUUGUGGCAGGAGAAACUAUUGCACUGAUGUAUGAAUUACAGCGAGGUAUUGAUCAGGAAUUUGAAGGUGAUGAUAUUGUAAGUUUGUGUGAGAUGUUAAAACAGCUGGCUACUGAUGGCAGUAAACAUCGUGCCAAAAAGGAUCGGCGGCAGCAAAGAUCUACCUUCAGAGGGAUAUUGAAGUUUAUAGAGGAUUUGGAGAGUCCUGCUGACAUGAUCAAAUUUGGACCAGAGUGCCUUUACCUAGACAGCUGGGCGAGGAAGAAACAGUACGAUAGCUUCUGUCAAGUUCUUGGGUCGGGUACUCCUCAACAUUUUCAGGCCAACUAUUUGUUGAGGGAUGUCUUUGACCUUGGUGCUCCUUUACUUGAACUAGAUGGCUUCAAUCUUAGACCAAAGAAAAUGACGAAGGGAGAACGGAACUACUACAAUAUAUCGGUGGAGAAAAAACGUACCAAAGCUCGUGCUAAGAAUCGUGACAAGAGAUCCGUCACUGUGAGUUGUUACUGAGCCUGAUUAUCAUCCACCUAUUUCCAGCUAGGAGAAUUGAUCUCGCUUAUCUUCAUAGCAGGGCUCACUCAACACAAGGCCUGCUUUCAAUUUUUAGAAGUUGACAAUGGUGGUGGUAUCAACAGCAUGCAACGUUUAAGUUACCAUGGUUCAAUGAUUUAUAAUUUCCAAUUAUUAAAUAGGCUGGUUUUUUUUUUCCCUUUUAAAUUGUAGGUUUUGUUUUGUUCAUUCCUUUCUCCUUUCCCUGGCUCUCAUCUUUCUGCUUCAUCUUGCUGAGUACCUCAUAAGAUACAGCUUGUUAAAUAAUAUUGAGACUCAUUAUGUCCUCCACACAGCAUUGUAGCAAUAUUUUGAAGUGAGCCUCCUAAUAGUUCUCCCUCCAUCCAAAACUGAAUUUAUUUUUAUUUAUUACAGAAUUAGGUUAUGAAAUUGUGGUUGUUGGUUGUGUUGCUAUGGCAUGUAACUUAGUUUCAUCUUAACCGUUUUAUAAUCCUCUGAAAUUUGCAUCAUGGUUAAGGUCCGGUGAGAUUACACACUAGUUCAAUGUUGUUGGUUAUACUUUUGCAUCAUUCGUACUUCGGUUUUUGUCAUCUUAGCAUCACGUUAGCUUCCUGUCAAACUAAUUUCUUUCGUUAAUUACUCUAUCAUCGUUACUCAGCUAGUCCACAUGAGCUGUUUGAAUAGUUUGAGAGGAAUCAGUUUAAAAUCGAAUUAUAAUUGCUUUGAGCUUUCAAUAACGAAUUCAUCAGUACAAUGAUUUUUCUGUGUUUGAACUUCCUCUGGAUUUAUGGUUAUAUAUAUAUGUAUAUAUAUAUAUGUGUAUAUUUUUAAAGAACUAUGGAAAUUUCCAUUAUACCAUGGUGAAUUUUACACCGGAGAUGUUGGGACUAACAUGGCUCUUGGUUAAAUUACUGUUCAUCUCCUGUGAUGUGGUUUUAGUCAGCUUGUUGCUGCCUGUUUUUAGUUUUUAUAUUUCUCAUUAAAAUUCUGAACGAACAUCUUCCUCAGGAUUAUGAAAAUGUUGGUUAAAUCGACUUAUUUUCAUGUAUUUUGCCUGAAUUUUCUUCAAUUUUGUGUGGCGGGGGUGUAUAAUUUCAAAUGUUUCUUUCAACUGACCACCGGUGAGGCUAAUUUAAUGAACAUGCUUUACAUAUCUGUCUUUCCUUUCCAGUGAUCUUGUAGCAUUCAGCUGCAACCACUGAUGUGAUUGUCUUUUCUUCUCCUACCAUUUUGACGUCCUGUUUUCUUGCCACCUCCAUUAACAGUUGUAUUGUGGUUGUGUUCAUCCUUAAAAUACAUUUAGAGUCCAAUUAUAUUGCCAACCAGAAACACACACACAGAAAUCACUAUAAAUUUGUGUUUUCAUUUUCCUCUCAUUUAGAAUAAUUAAAUAUAUGAUAUUUUUAUGAGUUAUCAAAAA